GUUUUAAUUAUCUUCAAUAGCCUUAUGAAUUAGUAGCAAAAUAAGAUGCAAAUUAUGCACGAACGGAAACGUUUCCAUAAAUGUUAUGUAUUACAAUUUUGAGUUAAUGUAAUUCAGUUUUGAGGCUAUUUAAUGUCCAACGAUAGCAAAAAUGCACAUGUGAAACAAAUUGCAGCAAUAAGACACGAUUUUCCGUAUUAUAAAUACAACCAUGUUCCUAUAUAUUUAGAGACAAUCACUGUUUUUAAAAAAUGGCAAAAUUAUUUCCAUUAUUAUUACUGGUGCCUUGUAUGCUCUCUAUUUCUCAUGCUUACCAAAUAUUAUCCGUGUAUGAUGAUGAUGAUGCAAAUUUAGAUGAUGAUUCUUUGAAAUCCACUAUAGGAAAAUUUCCUAUAAUUUAUCCUGGUACUUUUUGGUGUGGAAAAGGAAACAUAUCCGAAAACAAUGAUGAAUUAGGAGUAUUAAAAGAAUUAGACUCUUGCUGUCGCACUCACGAUAGAUGUCCGGACGUUAUUCAUGCUGGUGACACAAAGCACGGAUUACGUAAUUCAGCAAUACUGAAAACCAGAUUAACUUGUGAUUGUGAUCAUGCCUUACACGAAUGUCUAAAAAAUGUCGAUACCAAAGAAUCCAGGUUUGUUGGUAGAAUUUACUUUGACUUCCUACGUACCAAAUGCUUCAAAGAAGACUAUCCUUAUACUUGCAAAAGAUCAUGGCUGGGGCGAUGUAUCGAAUUUGAAUUUGAUACAACAAAACCGAAGAAAUAUCAAUGGUUUGACGUGGAAUUUUGGAAACCAAUUAAGUUUAAUAGGAAAUUGAAAAUCAAUAUAAAUUCUUUGGAACAAUCACCAAAAACAAAUAUUAAUAUUACCUAUAGUUAAAUAACAAAUAUACUUAACUGAACAUAAUGAGAUUCUUUAAUUAUGUACAAAUUUACCUUUUUUUCAUUGUUCUUAAACUAACCUGUAAAUUUUGUAAAUGGG